CAAACACAUACAUUCCAGUCACACAGUUUCACUGAAACCAACCACUUGUCAACAUCUAUCUCUGUGGAUUUCACUUUUACCUACGCAUCCCAUCUCCUACAUAUGUGAACAUUCUUCACCUGCUGAUCUCACCUAAUUUACCAGUAGAUCUUACCUAAUUUAAAUGUGGAAACUCAACUUUAACUUUUUACUUGUGGGUCACACUUUUACCUGUGGAUUUAAUCUUUAGACCUCACUUUAACCUUCUGACACCCCCUUUUAAAUCUGUACUGCUCAUUUACCUGUGGAUCUCACCUGAGGACCUCACCUUUAGGGAUCUCACUUCUACCUGAGGAUCUGACUACUACUUGUCCCAGGAGAGAUGUCUCGCCGUGCCAGUACCUUGGACCUGGACAUUACCAGCAAGUACAGCACUUUGGGAGGGCAGGCCCAACGGCGCUCCACUACCCUGAGUUCCCAGUCUCAGCCCAAAACCUCCAAGCCAGGUGAUGUCCUUUGUGACUUCUGCACCACUCGGAAACAGAAGGCUGUGAAGUCCUGCCUACUGUGCCUGGCCUCCUACUGUGAGACCCACCUCCAGUCCCACUAUGAGUACCCAGCCUUGAUGAAACACAAGCUGGUGAAGGCCACGGGCCAGAUGAGGGAGAAGAUCUGUGCCCAGCACGACAAGCUGCUGGAGGUGUUCUGCCGCACCGACCAGACCUCAGUCUGUGUCCUCUGCAUGAUGGAUGAACACAAGCGCCACGACACUGUGCCGGCUGGCACCGAGAGGAUUGAGAAACAAAAACAGCUGGGGUCCACUCUAAUGAAGUCUCAGCAGAGGAUUGAUCAGAGAGUGAAGAAGUGGACAGACCUUCGCCAGGCUGUGGAGUCAGUCAAGCACUCUGCACAGGCGGUGUUGGAUGAAAACGAACGUAUCUUCACAGAGCUGCUGCGCUCCAUAGAGAGAAGGUACAUAGAGGUGAGGGAGCUGGUGCGAGCCCAGGAGAAGACCACAGUGAUCCAGGCUGAGGGACUGUUGGACCGCCUGGAAGAAGAGAUAACUCUGCUGAGGAAGAAACACACUGACCUGGAGAAACUCUCCCACACUGACGACCACAUACACUUCCUUCAGAGCUGGCAGUCUCUGUCUGGUCCCUCUGGGUAUGAGGAUCUAAACAAUGUCACUGUCGUGCCAUACUACUCCUUCGAUGGAGCCAAGAGAGCCAUCGCUGCGUUGAAGGUGCAAGUGGAGGAAAUCAACAAGACGGAAAUCAGUAAAAUCGCCUCAGCAGUCAAAGAGGUCCACAUUAUCCAACCACUAGAACAAAUGGCACGAGAAGAACUUGAAACCAAGACAAGAGAAUAUUCAGAACCAAAGACAAGAGAGGAUUUCAAGAAAUACCUGGUCCAGCCGACCCUGGAUGUCAACAGUGCCCACCCCAACUUGUACCUAUCUGAGGGCAACACUGUAGCCAAGAUGAUGAGCGAACCCAAGAACUACCCAGACCAUCCAGACAGGUUCGACCACUGGCAGCAGCUGCUGUGUAAGGAGGGUCUGUCAGGGAGUCGCUGCUACUGGGAGGUAGACUGGAGAGGAACGGAGAUAGACAUCGCCGUCACCUUUCAGAGCAUCAACCGCAAGGGCAACAGCAACGAAUGUAGCCUGGGUUGGAACGACAAGUCCUGGAGCCUGUACUGCUCUGAGGACAAAUAUUCCUUUGUGCACAAGAACCAGAGCACAGAUAUAGCCAAGCCCAGGUCCUCAAGGGUAGGAGUGUAUGUGGACCAGAUAAAGGGGACUCUGGCGUUUUACAGUGUGUCUGAUAGCAUGAACCUCCUUCACAAAGUACAGACCACCUUCAUAGAGCCUCUCUACCCUGCCUUCAGUGUGUGGGGCUUUGGUUCCAGUGUGAAACUAGUAUAAUGAUUGAGUGGGAAACACUAAAUGGGGGUCUUGAACCAGCGACCCUAUGGUUACAGAGAAAUCUCACUAAAUCUGUGCCACAAAGGUCCAGACCUCUUGAAGUUGUUGUAUGCUUACAUACAGGGAGGCUAUACUGUAUGACAUAUUGUUUGAAAUGUACCUGUAAAUAGAUUGAUGCUCAUUAUAAAGUGUGUAUAAUUCUGUCACUAAAAUAGAUGAACGACAUUUUAAUACCUAUGUAAUUACAGAGAGAUACAAUGUUUUAUAUUUUAUGAGAAGAAAAAAAAAGUAUUACUGGAGAAGAGUAAGCAAAUGUUUAGAAAGCUUUAAGAUGAGUGAUGGGACGGAAUCUGCUCUGACAGUUCGGUGAGACCAUUACUGUUGGAUGUUAUUGGACCUUUCAUUCCUGUAUUACUUACCAUGUCCCUUUCUUUCCCUUUUAUAAUAAUCAGAUAUUGUAUAAUCAUAAUGAAUGUAAGAAAAGUGGACCCUACCCUAUGGUAUUCCCACUGGGCACACAAUGUACUUUCAACAUGGAGAAUUGGGUAAUAUGUGAUAGUGAUGUUAAUUAACAACCUAUAAUCACUCAAAAAGACCAAUGUGUUAUCACUAUGCUUUCAACCAUCUAAAAGCACAACCAAAUUCCAAUAGAAAAACAAUUACAUUUUUUGGUUUAGUUUGUCACCCAAAUGUCUAUCACUGCGCUUUUAACCGUUUAAAAGCACAGCAAAGUUGAAAUGGGAAUAUAAUGUCAGAUAUUUUCUUUAUUUGUACAACAGAUUAAUGUGUUAUCACUGUUCUUCAUCUAAUAUAAGAACCAAAUGACCUGGGCCGGGUUUCCCGAUAGCAAAGGAAUGUAGGUUUACGAACGUUUGAAUGACGCUUUGUUGCAAAAAAGGCCGAAGCUGUAACAUUUCCCAAAAGACCAUGCAGAGAGAACGUUCCCUGACUUUAAGUACAUCAUUGAGGCAUAGGCCUACAGUCGAUACUGAUAGUAUGGAAAGAAAGUCUAAUCUUACCUUAAAAUUAUAAUUAUUCCACAAUACUGACAAAGGCUCAGCUCCUUGAAAGAUAUUAUCACCUACGGCUGCAAAUAUUGUGGCGGCUUAUUCUAAUGCUUAGCCUACCCUAUAAUGACUAAAAUGUCAAUGUAAAUCAAGACUUGGCAUAUCAUUAAGCACAUGUUGUUAAACAUCAUUAAAUAUAUUGAGUCAAAAAUGACAGACUGUAGGCAGCCUACAAUUAGAAAAAUAGGAAAUGACAUUGAUUUCAAUAUCGUUGAAUUACAAAAAAAGACCAUGUUUGUAUGUGGCUUUAUUAACUCAGUUAUAUAUAUAUAUUUACAUUGUUUGCAAACUGAUUUGUGACACAUAUUAAUGCCAAAAUAACAUGCAAAACAGGCAAGCCUGUGUGUUUUUUUUGUUGCUAAUAAUGUGGGGCUCAAAACAGAUGGGGCUCUGAUCAGAGAUUGCGGCUGGUCACGUCCACCUAGUUAUCCAGCAGAUGAGGGCUGAGUAAUUAGAAUGUUCUACUUGAGGUGUGUUUGCCUAAUAUUUAUUUGUCGAAUGUUUAUGCAUUAUUAUGCUGUGAUAUGUUGAAAUUGUUGAAGGAAUUUAUGAAAUAGCCUACCUGUUUAGGUACAUAUUGAAUUGGCCCAGUGUUAGGGGUUGGGUUUUUAACCCGUUCAGGUUUGUAAUUUCAGGGGAAUUGAGAAGUCACAGUGCUCUCUUUAACUCAGCUGUGUGAGGAGUUAUUGAUGCUUUGUCAAAGUUAUAGGCACUCUGUCUAAGGUGCUCUACCUUAGAAGUCGGUCUUAGUGUCUGCAUAUGGGCCAUUUGGUUAUUUUGGAAUUCUUAAUCUAUAUGUCAGUGUUCGUUAACAUCUUGUAAAUAUCCAUGGAUCCAGCAUUUUACAUUGGAUUUGAAAAAAAAUUAGCAUCAUAAACUGUUGUCUUUGAGAGUGAAAUUUCAAACACAGGAUUAUGUCAUCAUGGUAACUAAAUUUCAACAUAGACAAAUAUGUUGAAUUUGUACCUUUAAUACAAGUCAGAUUUUCAACUUUAUAGCCACUAUCAGAAAAAAACUAUAGGCUGGGCAGCACCUCUGACUAGAGAAUGUAUCUAUCUAAAGCUACCCUUUGGUCUCCCAUCCACUGGCGACCCGUCAUUCAGGGCAGAGACCCACCUGUUUUGAGCCCCACAUUUUGUGCAAAACCCCCCACCUGUUUUGCAUGCUAUUUUGGCAGUAAUACGUGUCACAUAUCAGUUUGCAAACAAUGUAAAAAAAAAAUAUAUAUAUAUAAUUGAG